GGCCGCCGCCUUGAGCGACUGGCUGCCUGAAGCCGUUUUCGAGAAACAGGAAGGGGUGGUUGGCGUGUCUUCGGAGGACCAACACAGAUACACCUGCCACGAAGAGCCUUGCAUCUUCAGCUGCGAGACCACGGCCGGUCAGGAAUCUCUGCCCCUAAGCGUGGUGAACGACGAUUUCUGCGAUUGUGUGGAUGGUAGCGAUGAGCCUGGGACCUCGGCCUGUGCCGGUCUCGAUGGGACGCUCUUCCAUUGCAGGAAUGCAGAUGGGAUUCCUAAGCUGCUCUACACGUCGCGCAUUCGAGACGGCAUCUGUGACUGCUGCGACGGCAGUGAC